AUGAAGAGGAGUAGUGGUUGCAAGGGAAGGGGCAAAUUGGACCAUGUAGAAACUAAGGAUGAUGUGAGUGAAGAGACACGAGAAGAGGAAGCGGAAUCAAGUGCCAAGUGUCAUGGGAUGACUUUUUUGGAGUCUUCCUUCCGUGCGGCCUUAGACUUGAUCGCCUCUCGAACAAGCUAA